CGCUGGUUGAUUCCCUUUUUAAUUAAACUAACUGACGACUAGUCGAUUGGUGCUUGCUCCCUCUCUCCCCUUCUCCCUCUCCUCCUCCCACCCUUACCCUUCUCUUCAGCCUUGGUGUUCACGUUCAGGACUCCCUGUCGCACCCCCUCAUCUGCUCAUUUCCCCCUUUCGGCCAAGAGCGGAGUACCCGAUCCGACUUCACAUUCUUUUUUGCCCUUUUCUUUUCUUUUCUUUUUUUAAUUAUUAUCUUCAUCCCUCCUUCCCUUCCCCUCUUCCCUCGUCUCUCUCUUCGCCAAUCGGCCAUUGCAUUCCUACCUCGAACGCUACGAUCGAUCUCGACACUCCACCUACUACUACCCUUCUAAUUACUCUUAAUCGUCGUCGGCGACUCCCGCAAGUCGCUUCCCGCCAGUCAAAAUGGGAGGCCAAGUUUCCAAGAUAAUGGGGAAGAUCUUCGGAACGAAGGAGAUGCGGAUUCUGAUGCUGGGAUUGGAUGCUGCCGGAAAGACGACAAUCCUUUACAAGCUUAAACUCACGAACCAGGACGUAACCACCAUCCCCACUGUCGGUUUCAACGUCGAGAGUGUCACGUAUAAGAAUGUCAAGUUCAACGUGUGGGACGUCGGUGGUCAGGAUAAGAUUCGGCCCCUCUGGCGGCACUACUAUUCAGGCACCCAAGGCUUGAUUUUCGUCGUCGACUCUAGCGACACGGCUCGAAUCGAGGAGGCUCGCUCCGAACUCCACAAGAUCAUCAACGAUCGAGAAAUGAAGGACGCUCUUUUGCUGGUCUUUGCGAACAAGCAGGAUGUGUCAGGCCAUCUCAGCCCCGAAGACGUCACCAAUGCCCUGCAACUCAACAAACUCAAGGACAAGCUGUGGUAUGUUGCACCCAGUGUGGCUACCGACGGAACCGGUAUCUUCGAAGGCUUGGCUUGGCUUUCCAACAACGUCAAAACCCAACCCGCGAAAUAAUUCCUGUUCAUGGGAAACAUGGACCCUUUCAAGAGGCGCCGGAACAAUACAACCCGCCUCAUGUACAACAAUCUCUUUUGUAUCAUCCAACCUCUUUCGUUUCAUGUCCGUUUUGAUGAACAGAAGACGCAGCAUUUGGACUCCGUUUUCCUCAACACCUUUUUCUCACGCGCACGUCUUUCCCAUUCUUCGCUUCUCUCUGUCCGCCCUUCUUCUUAUACUCUUUCUCUUUCUCUCAUGAUAUCCCUCACUGUUGCUAUGCGGGUCAUAUAAUCUCCCUUUUUAAUAUAAUCUGCCCCUUCUUGUCUUCUACCGACUCCACCUUGGCUCUUCUUUCUCUUGUUCAUCUUGGUUCUCUUCAUGUAGAAACAUACAGCAUAGAAGAAAGUCUGGAAUAAUACACACUAUUCUGUC